AUGAUAUUUAGAUUUUUGGGUAAUAAUAAUUCAAAUGAAUUACCAGAUCAACAAUUAUUAAAUGAAAUUGGAUAUUUAAGUAAUUUUGAAGACGAAGCAUUAGAACAAUUAAUAGAAAAUGUUUUUGAAUUUAUGAUUAUUCAAAAAGCUGAAGAUUUAAUGAAGAGUAUUUCAGAUUUUAGUCAACAACACUCUGUUAACGAAAAUACCAUUAAAAAUAUAGUUAGAGGAUGCAUUGUAUUUUUCAAAGGUUCAGCAAAGAAUAAUUUAACCCCAGAUUAUGUUAAAGAGGAUUUAAUUAAUUUCAAAUUAUCAGAAGAUCAAGCUAAAAUUGUAUCAUUAAAAUAUAAACAACAUUUCAUAGAUCUCUCAAGAUCAUUAGUCGGUAAUUCCUUAUCAAUUCAACAAGUUUUAGAUAUGCAAUGGAGAUUUGGUGUUACAACUUCAUCAAGUGAAUUUACAAAAUCAAAUACAACCGGUAGUACAUUUUUACAAUUAAAAUUAGUUUUAGAUAAAGGAAAUAAUAUAAAAGAAGAUGUUCAUAUGGAAUUAACUUUACCACAAUUUUAUGAAUUUUUAAAACAAAUGCAAAGUGCCAAACAAAGUUUAGAAUAUUUAAAUUAA